AUGCCCGUCCCGCCGGUCGCCUCUCCAGUCACCGUUAUUGAGGAAAACAAAAGCUAUGCUGUGAAGUUGGAGUGUCCGAAUUGUCCUUUCUUCAUUAAGAACGCAGUGCCGAAGGAGACGUGCUCAUGGGAGGAGCUGGCUCCGUGUUCAUGGCGGGAGCAGAGCAACGCGCUGCUUGAUGUUGAAAAGGCUGCAGCCGCAAUCUCGACAUUGCGUGUGAACGGCGCUUCAGUGCUGCCGCUCGGUCCGAUGCCUCUCUUCGUCAACGCGUACCAAGUUGCCGACAACCUAACUCAGGAAGCUCUAGACAGCAUCGUGCGAGCAGGCAUGCUGGACUCUGACUUCAAGGGCGACACGGACUACUCGGUCACUCCUGCCUUGCAAUACGAGCACACUCUCCUCAAGACCAAGACGCCUGGCGAGUGGUACGUUCAGCUGGAUCUGACAGGGAUGCAGUACGGCAUGUAUCCUGAGCCGCUGCACUUCGACCUCGACCGCAGACUCGUCCAGAUUCUGGUCAAAGAGCAGAAUAUCGAGAACGAGGAAGGCCACUCGCUGUCCAUCGAAGACAUCCAGAUCGUUGAGCGAUCUCAACGCGCUCAGCCGAUCAAGAUGAAGUGCGGCAAGCUGGCCAUGGUAAAAACCUCUUUCGAUCCCAAUGAGUGGGACAGGUACGGCAGGCUUGGCUCCUGGUCGCGAUUCUGGAACAUGGUUUCUGUUGAGAUCGCGCAGUAUUGGUCCGACAACAUCCAGCACAAUGCGCUCGCUCUGCCGCUGGCUCUGAUGUUUGCGUUUGUCGUCUUCUUCGCCCGGAUCUGGUUCCAGAGGCGGCAGCAGGACAAGACUAUGGAUGCUGAGUAUGCUCUGCUGGACUGUGACCAUGAUGACCUGCCUCCAGCGUACGCAAACAUCCCAAUCAUCAAGAUUGAGGAUUACGAAUGA